AUGGAUGCCGAAAGCGGUCAGAAACCGAAACGAAAGAAGAUCUCUAGAGCAUGCAACCACUGCCACAAGGCGCAUAUGACCUGCGAUACCUCGAGGCCGUGUAAGCGAUGUGUCCAGCGAGGCCUACAAGACACGUGUGAGGAUGCUCCUCGAAAGAAAAAGAAAUACUUGGCUGACGUGCCGUCUUCGAUGAUCAAAGCGCAAAGCGUGGACGAAAGGAAUAUUUCGGGUCACCCACAGCAACAACAACAACAGCUGCCGCCGCCAUUGGGCGGCGGGCAGGGACAGUAUGCCAAUCACCAUCUUCAUCAGGCGACGAUGUUCCAGCAUUCGGCUUCAGUGCCUGCGUACGUGAACGAUCGGCCCAAUGCUCUAUAUAGAAGCAUGAGCCAACUGGGACUGGUCAAACAAGAAAGCCCUGGGUCGCUAUUUUCUGACCAGCAGUACAACGUUGACAAUUACCAGCAGAGUCGGUCUGGAAGCGGCGAUUCUCAAUGGCAACAGGCACAAAACCAACAACCACUGCCACAGCAGCUGCAACAAGGGCCCCAGCGACAGCGCAAGCCGACAAACUUUCUCUCGUCGGCUGCAGACCUCGAGUACUCGCAGCUUUCCAACAUCUUACAGGACAAUUUCAUGGGUCUUAAUCCCAAUCACCUGGCCACAUCUACAGAGGGAACCCCUGGUUCUGUCAAUAUCUCUCCGGUGCUCUCUCCGCACGGAAUGCUACAUAAACCCGUCAAUUCACCUUCAUCCUUGGGCACGAACACAUACAGCGUUACUACAACAGACGCCAACACGCGACAACCGCCCUCCCCGCAAAAAGCACAACUUUAUCAAGAAAGCGAGUAUCCUAGAUGUGAUGGUCGGAUCAAUCAGUACUUCUUAUCCUCAAGUGGCGAGCGCUCGUCGUUUCCUGAUGUUAUUCAGGCCAUUGAGGCAAUGAGAGACUCAGACCCCUCUGUAUUUUAUGAGCGUAAUCAAAAACUGGCCCUAUCCUUCACAAUUGGCACCUACGAUGAGGACCAGACAGGUCACAUAAAUGACGACAAUGGACUUCAAUAUCUGGAGCCCGAGAGUAUUUAUGCUACUGUGACAAAACCGUUCUCAUACACCCCAGGCUUCCAUAAACUCAUAGCAUACUUGAGAAGCCGGUUUCCCAAAGAGAUGUUGGUGAAAAUGGCCGAGUCUAUGGCCUCCUACCGCCCAUCCUUCAUUGCAUGUACCAAUUCUCUACGAGAAGCCGACCUAAUCUUCAUGGAGCAAUGCUUCCAGCGCACACUUCUCACUUAUGACAACUUCAUCAAGGUGAGUGGAACUCCCACAAUUGUGUGGAGAAGAACUGGGGAGAUUGCCUAUGUUGGUCGCGAGUUCAGCAUCCUCACAGGAUGGACCAAAGAGCAACUCAUGGGUCAAAAAAUUAACUUCAUUGUUGAGCUUUUGGAUGAUAAGUCCGUUGUGGAGUAUUUCCAGCUCUUCCUGAGAAUAGCCUUCGGUGAUUUCCUAGGGGCCACCAUGACAGAGUGUACUCUUCUCACUCCUAAGCAUGAUGUAAAAAUACGAACAGGCUGUAUAUGGACACUCAAGCGUGAUGUUUUUGGUAUUCCUAUGAUGGUCAUUGGCAAUUUUUUGCCAAUUAUUUAA